UGGAUGAUGUCACGAUACCGAGCUGCAUGAAAUGAAAAUCACGUUCUGUUUUGAAAAAAAGCUUUUUGCUAAGUGUUUCGAGACAGGCAGACGCAUGCCUCGGCUCCUCUCCUCAUUGUACGACAAUUACAUCAAACCUUAUUUUUCCUCUGGCCUGGAAAGACCAGACAGAAGCCACAAAAAUAAGAUCCUCGAGGCUGGUCGACUGAUCCGGAAUACGCUGCUGCCCGUGGCGGUGAGAGCAGACGCAGCUCGGGACAUCGGGAUAUUAAGUUACACAGGAGGUUAUGAACAUGCAGCUCAAGCAGCAGACAACUACAUGGCAAGCAUGGUGGAGCUCCUGAAAACACCUGACCUUACGGAUCAGCACAUCAUUCAACUUCUUGAAGGCCUCAGUGCAAUCUGCUAUCUCCACGUCGCCAACCAAAACAAAGCACAAGCACUUGGACUCCCAGACACCCUGCUCGAGUUUGUAUCUCCAACCAGCAAACACUCCUUUACGUCACAGCGCUGGAGCUGCUACCUUCUCAACAUCCUCUGUUGCCACAAUAUCCCAAUCAUCUGCCACCUCAAGGACUCAGAGGCCCUGCAGUCCAAUCUGGAGAAACUGGCGAGUCUGGACUGGGAGCAAUGGCCACUAAACUACGCUCAGGAGCUUAUCAGGGCUUUAGGAUUCCAGCAGAGCUCGAUGAAAGAUGCUUUGUAUGAGGAAGAUGAGCUGAAGGGCCACACUUCCACUAAGAGUGGUCACAUGCUAGUGAACAUGCACAUUAACUACAGGUACUGA